AGCAUGUGUCCAUGCUUGUGAUCCUGCUCAACUGCGUGACUCUGGGGAUGUUCCAGCCCUGUGAAGAUGUCAGCUGCCAGUCAGAGUGGUGCCGCAUCCUACAGGUAUUGGACGACUGUAUCUUUGCUUUCUUUGCUGUGGAAAUGGUCAUCAAGAUGGUGGCCCUGGGGAUUUUUGGCUCCAAUUGUUACCUCGGUGACAAGUGGAACCAGCUUGACUUUGUCAUCGUCAUGGCGGGGGUAAUGGAGUAUUCUCUGGAUGGCCAUAACGCCAGUCUGUCAGCCAUCCGUACCGUCCGAGUGCUCAGGCCACUGAGGGCCAUCAACAGAGUACCAAGUAUGCGGAUCUUGGUGACACUGCUGUUGGACACCCUACCCAUGCUGGGAAAUGUCCUUCUUCUCUGCUUCUUUGUCUUUUUCAUCUUCGGGAUUGUUGGAGUCCAGCUAUGGGCGGGGCUGCUGCGCAACCGCUGCUUCUUGGGAGAGGACAUCAGAACAAUGUACAAUUUGUCCAUAAGUCCUUACUACAUGUCAGAGGAGGGUGAAGACAGCCCGUUCAUCUGCUCUGCUCCCCGCGAGAACGGGAUGCUGCGCUGCCACAGUGUGCCGCCUCACACAGAGGGCGGGGUCGAGUGCUCAUUGGCCGCUCCCCACCAAAGCUCAGCUCUGAUUGGAUCAGUGGGUGGGGCCAGUGUUAACGGCUGUGUUAACUGGAACCAGUACUAUAAUGUGUGUCGCCCCGGGGACCACAACCCUCACAAGGGAGCUGUCAACUUUGACAAUAUCGGCUACGCCUGGAUAGCCAUAUUCCAGGUCAUCACACUGGAGGGAUGGGUAGAUAUCAUGUACUAUGUCAUGGACGCUCACUCCUUCUACAAUUUUAUAUAUUUUAUACUGCUCAUUAUCGUGGGCUCUUUCUUCAUGAUCAACUUGUGCCUCGUGGUCAUCGCCACCCAGUUUUCCGAGACAAAGCAGAGGGAGAAUGCUCUGAUGAGGGAGCAGCGCGCUCGCUACAUGUCCAACGACUCCACGCUCGCCAGCUACAGCGAACCAGGCUCGUGCUACGAGGAGAUGCUACGCUACAUCAGCCACCUUUAUCGCAAAUUCACACGCAGGCUGCAGAGGAUAUACUCUGGAUGGCACAGUAAACGGCGUAAAAAGGUGAAUCCUAAUGGCAGCAGCGGAGGAAGUAAUGGCGGGGGUAACGGACACGGCCACAGCUCCAGCAGGACCUGUGGAGGCUUAGGCCCGGGUAGUGCAUUGUGGCUAAGACCGAUCCACAACCUUCUGCAGCUCCAUCAGCACCAGCACUGUCGCCUCAGCAACGGGGGGCAGCACACCAUCACCGUGACAACCGCCGAGCACACGGACGGAGAAGGAGGGGAGGAGCUGGAGAUGAAGUCUCUUCCUGUCCGGAGAGGAAGUACAAAUGGAAAUAGCGGCGGCAGCGGGGGCAACCCAUCUGUCGUCACCCAGGGUAUGGGGGCGUUGCUCGGGCGACUGAACGGAGGGAUGAACUAUCCGACCAUUCUGCCGUCAUUUGUGUGCAGCUACAGCAGUAAAACACCGCCGCCCCACUCCCAGCAGUGUGGACACAGUCCGGAGCAGCACCCACCGAACCACCCAGCAUCUGAACAUGCAGAGACACUGAACAAGCUCUACCAGCUCAUGGGACAGCACAGUCGCCAGAGGCUGCUGUACCAGCUGGCAGGCGUGGUGCCCAGCCCUCUGCUCUUGGAGCUGCUCAGUUGCCCUUUGUGUGCCCGCAGCCUGGAGACCUUGGAGCUGGAACUGGGAGACCUGGAGGGAGGCAGAGGAGAGGCUGAUGGGCUGCACGACUUCCCCCAGGUCAGACUGCAAGUUGGUGGACUAAUGAUGACGGCGGGGGAUCUAAGAGGUGGGCGAUGUCGGAGCAGACGGCGAGGGGUCGUGGAUUACAAAAAUGGAGUGGUUUACGCCUGGGUAGGCUUCAGGGAAAAGCUGAAGAGGAUUGUGGAAAGUAAAUACUUCAACCGAGGGAUCAUGAUCGCCAUCCUCGUCAAUACUCUCAGCAUGGGGAUAGAGUACCAUGAACAGCCCGAGGAGUUGACUGAUGUGCUAGAGAUCAGCAACAUUGUCUUCACCAGCAUGUUCGUCCUGGAGAUGGGCUUCAUGCUGCUGGCUUUCGGCUUGUUUGGAUACAUCAGGAACCCGUACAACAUCUUUGACAGCAUCAUUGUGAUCAUCAGUGUGUGGGAGAUAAUUGGUCAGGCAGACGGUGGGUUGUCGGUCUUGCGAACAUUUCGUCUGCUGAGGGUUCUGAAGCUGGUUCGCUUCCUGCCCGCCCUGAGGAGACAACUGGUUGUGCUGAUGAAGACAAUGGACAAUGUGGCCACGUUCUGCAUGCUGCUGAUGCUUUUCAUCUUCACUUUCAGUAUACUGGGUAUGCAUCUGUUUGGCUGUAAAUUCGGUCUUCGGACAGAGACGGGAGACACCAUCCCUGACCGUAAGAACUUUGACACAUUGCUCUGGGCCAUCGUCACUGUCUUCCAGAUCCUUACCCAGGAGGACUGGAACGUGGUGUUGUAUAAUGGCAUGGCCUCAACCUCUCCAUGGGCAGCUCUCUACUUCGUCGCUCUUAUGACAUUCGGCAACUAUGUGCUCUUCAAUUUACUUGUGGCCAUCUUGGUUGAGGGCUUCCAGGCUGAGGGUGAUGCUAAUCGCUCGGAGUCAGACGAUGAAAAGAAAUCGGACAACUUUGAGGAAGACGAGAAGGUGGAACAGCUCAGAGACACUGAGCUAAAAAUGUACUCACUGAUGAUGACAGCCAACGGUCACGUUGACCCUCGAGGCUCAACGGCUCCUCCGAUAAUCAUGCGCACGGCAGCCACACCCAUGCCCACUCCUAAGAGCUCUCUGGGACCGGACUCUGUCCUCGGAGAGGAGCUCAUGUACAGAGAGGGGGUGCCCCAGUAUGGCGAGGGAGGACUUGGGGUUAGCCAGGCAGGAAGUUGUCGUGCAGAGUCUCGCCGUGGAAGCUCCACCUCAACCACCAUGGACCCCUUAGCCUUUGACCAGCAUUCUCUGAACCUCUCAAGUCCCGGCCGUCGCUCCCCUCUUCCUACCCGCUCGUGGGGAAGCCGCCGUUCCAGCUGGAACAGCCUGGGACGAGCGCCUAGCCUCAAAAGGAGAGACACCAGCGGCGAGAGGGAGAGCCUGUUGUCGGGGGAAGGGGGAGAGGAGGAAGAUGCUGGAAUGGACAAGGGGGAGGCGGGAGGAAACAACAGACUACGUCCAGACUCCUUGGAGCUGCUACAGGCGUCUACACUCUGCCCUUCGAUAAUCGCGGAGUACGGUGACUGUAAUGGGAGGACCCUGACCUAUGAUGCCACCGUGAACUGCGACCCCAAAGAUGACUCCUCGCCUGAAGAUGACUUGGAUGAUGAUAGUUCUUUCUGCUUCUGGUUGAAAAAAGAGAUUCGUGACAUGAAGCCCCGCUGGUGCAAAGAGCACGAAGACUGGAAUCUGUAUUUGUUCUCUCCAGAGAGCAAAAUUCGUGGGUGGUGCCAAAGUGUGAUCUCUCACAAAUUGUUCGACCAUGUGGUUCUGGUUUUCAUCUUCCUCAACUGCAUCACCAUUGCCCUGGAAAGACCUGAUAUACAGCCUCACAGCACGGAGCGAAAGUUUCUGAGUGUGUCCAACUACGUUUUCACUGUGAUCUUCCUGGCAGAGAUGGCCAUUAAGGUUAUCGCUCUUGGUUUCUGCUUCGGGAAGCAGACAUACCUCCAGUCCAGCUGGAAUGUUCUAGAUGGUUUGUUGGUGUUUGUGUCUCUGGUCGACAUCCUGGUCUCUCUCGCCUAUACUGGCGGGAACAGGAUCCUGGGCAUCCUCAGAGUCCUGCGCCUGCUACGAACACUACGCCCACUGAGGGUGAUCAGCCGAGCCCCAGGAUUGAAGCUGGUUGUGGAGACGCUCAUCACCUCUCUCAGACCCAUCGGGAACAUUGUCCUUAUCUGCUGCGCCUUCUUUAUUGUGUUUGGCAUCUUGGGGGUGCAGCUGUUCAAAGGGAAGUUCUACCACUGUGAAGGUCUGGACACGAAAAACAUCACCAACAAGUCUGACUGUCUGCAGGCCAAUUACCGCUGGAUACGAAGAAAGUACAACUUUGACAACCUGAUUCAGGCUCUGAUGUCUUUGUUUGUGCUGUCCUGUAAGGACGGCUGGGUCAACAUCAUGUAUGACGGGCUGGAUGCAGUAGGAGUGGACCAACAGCCUGUAAGGAACCACAACCCAUGGAUGCUGCUCUACUUCAUCUCCUUCCUGCUCAUCGUUAGCUUCUUCGUCCUCAACAUGUUCGUCGGCGUCGUGGUGGAGAACUUCCACAAGUGCCGGCAGGACCAGGAAGAAGAGGAGGCUCGCUUACGGGAGGAGAAGAGGCUCAAAAUGAUAGAGAAAAAGCGCAGGAGUAAGGAGAAUGAAGGGGCUGAGGCCAAGCAGAGGCCUUACUAUGCCGACUACUCUCCCCUGCGUCUGUCCAUCCACACACUGUGCACCAGCCACUACCUGGACCUCUUUAUCACCUUCAUCAUCUGCAUCAACGUCUUCACCAUGAGCAUCGAGCACUACAAUCAGCCGCAGUAUUUAGAGGAAGUCCUUAAGUACUGUAACUACGUGUUUACCUGCAUCUUCAUCGUUGAGGCCCUGCUCAAACUCGCAGCAUUCGGCAUACACAGGUUCUUCAAAGACAGGUGGAAUCAGCUGGAUAUAGCUAUAGUGGCGCUGUCCAUCAUGGGCAUCACCUUGGAGGAGCUGAAAAUGAGCGCAGCACUGCCCAUAAAUCCCACCAUCAUCAGAAUCAUGAGAGUACUCAGAAUAGCACGAGUGCUGAAACUUCUGAAGAUGGCCACAGGGAUGCGAUCUCUGCUGGAUACUGUCAUGCAAGCGCUGCCGCAGGUGGGAAAUCUCGGCCUCCUGUUCAUGCUGCUCUUCUUCAUCUACGCUGCACUGGGAGUGGAGCUCUUUGGCAAACUGGAGUGCAAUGACAACAACCCGUGUGAGGGUCUGAGUCGCCACGCAACCUUUGAGAACUUUGGGAUGGCCUUCCUCACACUGUUCCGAGUGUCCACUGGAGACAACUGGAAUGGGAUUAUGAAAGACACGUUAAGGGAGUGUCAUCCAGAAGACCGCCACUGUCUAACCUACCUGCCCGUGGUCUCUCCGAUUUACUUUGUCACGUUCGUGCUCAUGGCCCAGUUUGUUCUGGUCAAUGUGGUGGUGGCUGUUUUGAUGAAACAUCUGGAGGAAAGCAACAAGGAGGCUAAAGAGGACGCAGAGAUGGACGCAGAGAUCGCCUUGGAAAUGGCAAUGGAGAGGCAACGUAAAACAAGCACAACCUCCAGCAACAGUUCAGCAGGAGGGACCUACGUUGGGCCGUGUCCAAAUUCACCUGGAGAGGAAGAAGAGGUGCACUACGGCGACCAGGACCUGCUGUCGUUAAGGAAGAUGUCUGUAUCCAGGAUGCACUCUCUGCCUAACGACAGCUACAUGUUCAGACCAGUACGGCCAGCCAGCGCCCCCUAUCCUUUGGAGGAGGUAGAGCUCAGUCCCCAGCACCAGCAUUCAGUCAGAUUCUAAUGGCAUGUUGUGGCCAGGCUGUGGACAGACCCAGCUCUGUCCCAAGGCUCAGUGACGUCGAUCCACUCCCAGCCAUGUGAUAGUCGCACGCUGCUGCAGGUACCAGACGUUUCCCCCGUUC